AUGCAUCCAGAAGUGUAUGGGGCUGCAAAGUCGGGAGAAUUUCAUUCCCUGAUGACAAUAAAUUUGGAAAAUGGAGAGGACCUUUUCCACCAAACAACGCCAAAGGGGAACAAUGUUCUUCAUGUUGCGGCACAAUUCAGGCGGGUAAAUUUCAUCCGAGAGUUUCUUCAAGAUCUAUCAAGAUCAUCCCUUCUUUGGCAAGAUAACUGCAAAGGAGACACUCCCUUACAUGUUGCUACUCAACUAGGAAGCCAUGAAAUGGUUCGAGUUUUUAUCAAUCGAGCAAAAGCAAUACAUCAACCUGAUGCAUACAAAGAGCUACUUAGGAUACCGAAUGCAGAUGAGGAUACCUUGUUGCACUCUGCAAUAAGAGGACAUUGCAAGGGGGUGGUGGAAUUGCUUAUUGAAGAAGAUCCUCAACUAUGUGAUGUUACUAAUGCUGCUGAUGAGUCCCCGCUUUAUCUCGCAGUACAUCAAAGAUUUCCGGAUGUCAUUGAGCCGAUUUUAUGUGCAUCCUCGUCACCAUCCUCUCAUAAGGGCCCAAGAGGACUGACAGCUCUGCAUGCUGCAGUGCGUUUCUUACUACCAGGUUGCAAGAAAAUCUUGGAGAAGAGACCAGAACUGAUCAGAGAAAAGGACAAUAAUAGAGGGUGGACUCCUCUUCAUUAUGUCUCUCACUUUGGCAAAGUUGAUGCAGUUCAACUGCUCUUGCAACAUGAUACUUCCGUUGCAUAUGAGUUAGACAAAGAGGGGGAUUCAGCUCUUCACAUUGCAGCGUUUCAAGUCCACAUCAAUGUCAUUGACAAGCUUGUUACAUCCUAUCCUGAUGCUUGGGACAUAAUAAACUUUAAAAGGCAAACAGCUCUUCAUGCAGCUGUUAUCGGAGGAAAGGUAAAGGUAGUCAAAGAAUACAAAAGCACGCGGAUAAUUGCCAUAGACAAGAGGGUGGACCGCUUUGCCACAAAUAAAAAUGGUUUGAUCGCUCUUGACAUUAUAUAUGCUCAGGAUAAGAUGACUUUCUCAAGACAUCGAGCUAUUCGUGCAUUGAAAGGACCUAGUGGAAUCCCGUCUAUUCAACAGUGGGCUGUGAAAGAUAUUAAAAAGAGGCUAGACAAGCAAUUUCUUGAGGAUCAACCAGCUGCGUCUACAACCACAAGAAGCGAUUCGUCAUUGAAAAGAAUUAUUGAGCUUGAACUACUAAUGGCAGCGUUCAUAGCUACAGCGACCUUUGCCGCAGCCUUCACGAUGCCAGGAGGUUAUAGCAAUGACGGACCCAACCAAGGAAUGGCGACUCUUGCUGGCAGGGUAGCUUUCAAAACCUUUGUGAUAACCAACACUAUGGCGUUCACUUUCUCCACCAUGGCAUUGUUCUUACAAUAUGAUAGUUCUGUGUUAAGCGUUCGUGCAAAGGCAGGUUUCACCAUCAGAGCCGCGGGUUGCAUUUACAUUGCGAUGUUGGGGAUGGUGCUAGCUUUUGCGUCUGGAUAUAUAAUGAACGCACAUGCUGCUGCUAUUGGAGAAUUUGGUUCUGAUGAAAACAGAGGAAAUAAAGUAAGGCAGCCUGCUGAGUUGAGUCAGAAUUGA